UGUGAAUGCCGGCUUUCUGGCUGUUCUACUAGAACAUUACAUUUCACUUGACAUUUUAUACAGCUCAUUAGCAUAUAUUAUACUCACUCUCUCAUUUGUGGCUACGUAAUAGGGGGCUACCCACUCUGCUUGGUAGCGCCGGAAUCUCGUGGCAGCGUCCCGCCUCAUAAGCAUCCCCCCCCUCAGCUCUACUACACCACACAACUCAUCUUCAUCACCAUGCAUAUCAUUCUGACUGGCGCCACGGGCCUCGUGGGGUCAGGCGUCUUGGACGCUAUGAUCAAGGCCAAAGACAUCACCAAAAUCUCCAUCCUCAGUCGCAAGCCUGUGCAGAUGGCUACUGAUUCCAAAGAUCCUCGAAUCAAUGUCAUCAUUCAUCAGGACUUUGAGAAAUACGACUCUGAGGUGUUGGAGCAGCUUCAAGGCGCAAAGGCCUGUGUUUGGGCCUUGGGCAUCAGCCAGACCAAGGUUAACGCAGAAGAAUACGUCAAGAUCACCAAGGAUUAUACCAUCGCUGCUGCAAAAUCUUUUGCGACAUUGACGACGACGCCAUCAGAACCUUUUCGGUUCAUUUAUGUAUCAGGCGAGGGCGCUACGCAGAACCCGGGUCGAUUCUCGGCCAUCUUUGCUCGUGUCAAGGGAGAGACUGAAAAACAGCUGAGUGAUAUGACGGCUGAGAUGCCGACGAGCUUGCGUGCAGACUCUGUGCGGCCGGGGUUUGUGGAUCCGAGACAGCACAAAGCUAUUCUGCCAUAUAUCCCGGAUCCAGGCGCAAUCUAUAAGGUUGGAACAGCAUUGAUGACGCCUUUAAUACCGUUGAUGAAAGGGAUGCACUCACCAACUGAUCACCUGGGAACUUUCUUAACAAAUAUGGCCAUGGGAAAAGUGGACUCCCAGUUAGAGGGGCCGGGUGCGUUUAAACUAGGCAACUCAUGGAUCGUUGGGGCUGCUGGCGUCAGAAGGGUCUCCGGAUUUUGAAGAGAAACACCAGGGUUCAAAGAAGAAGAGCGCUCAAGGGAAUGGGACUGGUAAUUGGAAGCGUAUAUUCUUAUGACCGGGGAAUAGUGAACGACUAACCUCUAUAUCAUAUAUGCCAAUGGGAAGCAACAAUUGUAAUAUUAGAAAUAUUCGGAAACAGGUUCAGCUUUAAGCAUAUUUUCUUAGUCUACAAUCGCUGCUUAAAUCUUGUAUUUUAUUUUUU